AUGAGCCAGACCAAUCAGACCUGGGUUACAGAAUUUCUUCUUUUAGGUCUCUCUGAUGACCCUCAGACUCAACUGCUGCUCUUUGUAUUGUUCCUGGUGGUCUACUUGGUUACUGUUUUUGGAAAUCUGCUCCUCAUCUCCCUGGUUCUGACUGACUCACAGCUUCAUACACCCAUGUACUUUUUCCUGUGCAACUUGUCUACAGCUGAUCUCUUUUUUUCUACCACUAUUGUUCCCCAAGCCUUGUUCAACUUGCUGUCCAGGAAGAAGGACAUUUCCUUCAUAGGGUGUGCAGCUCAGCUUCUUCUCUUCCUCCUUUUUGGGUGUACUGAGUGUGCACUGCUAGCUGUGAUGUCCUAUGACAGGUAUUUGGCAGUCUGUGAUCCCAUGCACUAUCCUCUCAUCAUGACGGGGAGGGUGUGUGGCCACCUGGCCUUGGGGUGCUGGGCUAGUGGUAUUCUAGUGUCCUUGGUGGAUACAACAUUUACACUAAGGCUUCCUUAUCAAGGAGACAAUAGGAUUGCUCAUUUCUUUUGUGAACCCCCAGCAAUCCUGGCCUUGGCGUCUGCAGACAUUCACAGUGCAGAAACAGCCAUUUUCCUUAUGGGUGUAUUGAUCCUCCUUGCACCUGUAUCCCUGAUCCUGGUGUCCUAUGGCUCUAUAAUAGUGACUGUGGUCAGGAUGAAGACAACCUCAGGGAGACUUAAGGCAUUCUCUACUUGUGGCUCCCACCUUCUUGUAGUCACUCUUUUUUAUGGGUCAGGAAUAAUUUCAUACAUGACACCCAAAUCUGCUAAGUUGCUGGGGAAGCUGGUGUCAAUGUUUUAUUCAGUGAUAACACCCAUGCUUAACCCUCUCAUUUACAGCCUGAAGAACAAAGACGUGAAGAAAGCACUCAGGAAUGUAGCCAUUAAGAGACUAUUCUGCAAACUCUGA